UGAAACACACACACACACACACACACACACACACACACAGAGGUGUAGCACUAUAAUGACACUGUAUUAGUGAGCCUCCCAUGGUGAUCAUGGUGCUGGUCGCCAUGGUUACACUGGUAGCACCUGGUCACACAAACGAUACUCUCUUAAUUACACACACACACACACACACACACACACACACACACACAGAAAGAUGGUUGUACAGUUGCCAUGGAUGGUAGGCAAAUGCAUUCCAUCUGCAAUGUUAGACAGGUUCAAUUACACACACACACACACACACACACACACGCUCUCUCUCGCUCUCUCUCUCUCUCUCUCUCUCUCUCUCCUCCUCUGUCCAUCUGUCUCCCUCCUUCUGUCUGUUUAUGUCUCCUUUUUCUCUGUCUAUCAAACCCUUACACACACUGCACAGUGAAACUAUAUGGUGUAGAUGUACUGGGUCAGAGGGUUAGCAGAAGUGCACAGGUGUGUGUGUGUGUGUGUGUGUGUGUGUGCAUCACACCAUGCUUUAAAAGCAGAAAUCUAUAUGGAAUGGUGUGUGUGUGUGUGUGUGUGUGUGUGUGUGUGUGUGUGUUACUGGUGUACAGGAGCUCAUUGAUUGGUCCCAAUCAAUGGGUCUGGCCUUUGAAAGAGGGGGCAAAUCUGUUCAGGAAGGGCAAUAAAUCAAAUACUAUUAGUGUGUGUGUGUGUGUGUGUGUGUGUGUGUGUGUGUUUUGGAUCAGUAUUCAGUGCUGGUGUAUACCUGAUAAACUGAUGGUUAUUAUAAUAGUAACAGGUACUGCAUUGCAGACCAGAAAACAUAGUGUGUGUGUGAGAGAGAGAGAAAGAGGGUGUGUGUGUGUGUGUGUGUUUUACCUCCUCUCCGUGUAUUUUUAACUGAAUUGUCCGAGAAAGAGGGACCGUGUGUGUGCGUGUGCGUGUGCGUGUGUGUGUGUGUGUGUGUGUGAUCUACUCUCCAUCUAUUUUGAACUGAACUAAAUUGUCCGAGAGAGAAAUAGGGAGGUGUGUGUGCGCGCGUGUGUGCGCGUGUGUGUGUGUGUGUGUUUGUCCACGAUCCUCGCCAGCAGCGCUCUCGAGUUACAGUUGGCGCGCGCUCCUCCAUCGACCACCACGCGUCCGCGGCGUCUCCGUAUGUCCUCUUCCUAUUUCUCUCGCGCGCCUCCUCUGGUUCCUCCUGCGGUUCUUCUCCUCUGGUUCCUCCUGCGGUUCUUCUCCUCUGGUUCCUCCUGCGGUUCUUCUCCUCUGGUUCCUCCUGCGGUUCUUCUCCCUGGUUCCUCCUUCCGCGUGCGCCUCGGGAGUCUCGGGAAUGUCGGCCCCGGGUAGGAAAGACUUUGACGUGAAGCAGAUCCUGCGCAUCCGCUGGCGCUGGUUCGGCCACGCGACGUCUCCGCCUCCCGGUGCGCAUCAUCAUCAAGCGCAGCAGGAGCAGGAGCCCCUGGUGGAGCAGCUUCUCUCCAGAACCGGCGACCUGCACCGUCACCAUCAGCAGAGCUGUGCGCCCGGAAGCUCGCCCCCGGCGUGCGCGUCCUCGCUGGUCAGCGACACCCGAAUAAAGUUGAGCGCCUCCUCUUCGUGUCCUCCUCUUCUUCCUCUUCCUCAUCUCCCUCCUCCUCCUCUUCGCUCCGCGAGUCAGCAGGAGUGCAGAAGCGCCGCGUUCACGUCUCCCUCUUUCGACGUGACGCGCGAGAGCACCGGGCUGUGCGGCGGCGGCGGCGCGAGCGACGACGAGAAAAACAAUAACGCGGACACCGGCGCGAGCAACGACAACGCCGAGAGCGAGUCGAGCUCGUGCAGGACUUCGAACAGCAGCGCGACUCUGUCCUCAUGCGUGUCCAUGGAGCCGUGUGUCCAAGACGAACUCUUCCAGUCACACAGUCACGCAGAACACACCUUCAAGCGUAUGGAGACGUACCUCAGAACACGCAAACUGUGCGACGUGGUGCUCGUAGCCGGCGAACGCAAAAUCCCUGCGCACAGGUUAGUCUUGUCCUCUGUGUCAGAUUACUUUGCAGCCAUGUUCACCAGUGAUGUCCGGGAAGCCAAACAAGAGGAGGUGAAGAUGGAGGGAGUGGACCCAGAUGCAUUAUGGGUUUUGGUGCAGUAUGCUUACACAGGGCGGUUGGAGUUGAGAGAGGACACGAUCGAGUCUCUGCUCUCGGCGGCGUGUUUGCUGCAGCUCUCGGCUGUGGUUCAGGCCUGCUGUAGCUACCUGAUGAAGCAGCUCCAUCCGUCCAACUGUCUGGGAAUCCGCUCGUUUGCAGACGCCCAGGGCUGCCAGGACCUGCACAAAGUGGCUCAGAACUACACCAUGGAACACUUCCUGGGUGUGAUGAAGAAUCAGGAGUUUCUGUUGCUCCCAGCGUGUGAGGUGGAGAAGCUCCUGGUUUCAGAUGAUAUGAACGUUCCGGACGAGGAGACGGUGGUGUCGGCGCUGCUCAGCUGGGUACGCUACGAUCCUGCCAGCCGCCAAGCACAGCUGCCUUCACUGCUUCAACAUGUCCGCCUGCCUCUGCUCAAACCCCAGUUCCUAGCAGACAUGGAGGCCAACGUAUUACUGAGAGACAGCGUCGAGUGCCAGCGCUUGGUCAUGGAGGCCAUGAAGUACCACCUGCUCCCCGAGCGCCGGCCGCUGCUGCAGAGCCCCAGGACGCGUCCGAGGAAGGCCACCGUGGGGACGCUGUUCGCGGUCGGGGGCAUGGACGCCACCAAGGGAGCGACGAGCAUGGAGCAGUACUGCGUGCGGAGGGACACGUGGCGGCAGGUGGGCGCGUUGAGUGGGCGGAGACUGCAGUUCGGUGUCGCCGUCAUCGAGCAGCGGCUGUACGUGGUGGGCGGCCGUGACGGCCUUAAGACCCUCAACACGGUUGAGUGCUACAACCCGCGCAGCAACACGUGGAGCGUCAUGCCUCCAAUGGCCACGCACCGCCACGGACUGGGUGUAGCAGUGUUAGAAGGACCCAUGUAUGCAGUAGGAGGUCAUGAUGGUUGGAGUUACCUGAGCACAGUGGAGCGCUGGGACCCUCAGGCCCGCCAGUGGAGCUUUGUUGCAUCCAUGGCCACGCCGAGCACAGUGGGCGUGGCCGUGCUUAACAGCAAGCUGUAUGCAGUAGGAGGGAGGGAUGGAAGCUCGUGUCUGAAGUCAGUCGAGUGUUUCGAUCCUCACACUAAUAAAUGGAGCGCAUGCUCUCCCAUGGCCAAGCGCAGAGGUGGCGUUGGCGUGGCAACCUGGAACGGCUUCCUGUACGCCAUCGGGGGCCAUGACGCCCCGGCGUCCAGUCUCGCUUCCCGUCUGUCCGACUGCGUCGAGAGGUUUGAUCCGAAGACCGACACGUGGACGGCCGUGGCUCCGAUGAGCGUCAGCAGGGACGCUGUGGGGGUUUGUUUACUCGGGGACCGUCUGUACGCUGUGGGAGGAUACGAUGGACAGGUCUAUCUCAACACUGUAGAGGCGUACGACCCGCAGACCAAUGAGUGGACUCAGGUGGCGCCGUUGUGCUUGGGUCGAGCCGGAGUCUGUGUGGUCGCCGUCAAGCUUUGACGCUGCCUGAGGACAGAUGCUCUGGUGAUCUUGUAAACUCGGUGUUCUUAUUGGACAUGGAGGCAACAGAACGAUUUGAACACACACACACACACACACACACACACACACACACACACACACACACACACGCUUUUUAAUCAGGAUCAGAAAGAAUGCUAAAGACUCAUUGUAAUAACAUGUCAGAGAUAUACACACACACACACACACACACACACACACACACACACAGUUCUAAUGAUCAGAGGUCGAUUUUUUGUUUGGUCACUGAUGAUCUCAUGUGUUGAGAUUGUGAGAAAACAAGGAAUGGGAAGAUGGAUGGAGGGAUGCAAAAAAAAAAAAAACCUGUUAGGAAUGGUUAAAAAGAAACAAUUGCUAGAUGGUUGGGUUUUAAAAAAACAUGGUUGAAGAGUGGAUUAAUGGACAGAUGGAUGGAUUCGGGAAGUACAGCUUGAUGGAUGAUGGAGGGAUAAAUUAUUAGGAUGGUUGGUCGAACCAAAUGAUACAUGGCUUAAUAGAUUGAUGGUGAAUAAAUGAAUGGAUGAAUGGACAGAUGAUUUGGGGGAGAAAACCGUGGAAGGAAGGGUAGGGAGAUUUAUAGAGGGAUGGACAGAUGGAAGAGAAUAACAAGUGUGAAAAUUAAAAUGGAUCCCUAUAAUCGGUUCCUUAUGUGUUCCUCCACCUCCGCCAGAAAUACAUGAAAUGCAUAAGAGUGUGUGUGUGUGUGUGUGUGUGUGUGUGUGUGUGUGUGUGUGUGUGUGUGUGCGUGUGCAAUGCAGAAGUUUAAAAUCGAUUUCAAGGAGGAAAUUAAAACCUCGCCAGCAGAACCCGUCAUGCAGACCCCUGUGUGUGUGUGAGUGUGUGUGAGUGUGUGUGAGUGUGUGUGUGUGUGUGUGUGCGCGCUUGUGAUAUUAAGAUUUUCCUGAUUCUUUCCCUCUUGUUUCAGUCCAACAGUGCUUCAGUGCACUAUAAAUAUUAGGAAGUAAGGAAUAUGAACGCAGUCUGCUCUCGUGAGCAAGAAAAAAUAUCGACAUGUAAACUCCUUAAUGAAAAAAUGAAAAAUCCCUCGUCUUCUUUUUUUUUUUUUUGUGAAUUCACCUGAUGAGAGAAACUCGAGACGAACAAAUCAUUGUGACAAAGGUGUGGCCUUUGUGGUUUGGCCCCAAAGCUCUUCGUGAUGGAUUUAAACGAUGGACCCCAGGCGUUGUUUGUACACGUUUGCAGCUUUAUCACGUUUGCUCGCGGUGCGAUCAGUCACCACCGGCUCCUAUGCCAUUUCCUCUUCUUCUGUGGUUUCUGUGUGUGUAUGUAUUUGCAGUCAGGUGGUGCCCCAGUCUGAAAAAUGCCUUCGAUUUUGUGGUUGUUUCCAUGUUCAGCUUGGAAGUGCUACAGGGAGCAGAAUCAGUGGCUUGACUGACAGAUUGAUAUAAAAUGUGUGCGUGUGUGUGUGUGUGCAUGCGUGCGCGCGUGUGUGCGUGUGUGUGUGUUAUUUUCAUUAUUAUACUGGGACACAGUUUAAUACACAUUACUUUCUCAUAACUGGAUGACAUGAAAAUAAAAUCAUUAAAUGAUACGUCUAGUUUUAUUCUCCAGUAUCAGUAAAAUCAGAAUCCCACCAUUAUUUUGUUCGUUGCCACGGUUACUUCAAGGGUGGUUGCCUCCCUACUACCUGCAGCUAUGCGUUUGUUUUCCAUUAGCUUUUCAUCCUGGUCUUUUGUCACGGUGAAUCUGGAAGUUGUUUUAGGAACGCUGCUCAAUUUCUCAUCUUGAACAAUGGAAUAAACUAUACAUCCAGAUGUUCUGCAUAUCA